AUGCAUUCAGCGAAGACUUGUGUUGGCAAGGCACGUGAGACAGGCAUCUGUCCAAUCCGUGAGGAGCUCUACUCCCAGUGCUUUGACGAACUGAUUCGCCAGGUCACAAUCAUUUGUGCAGAGCGCGGUCUGCUCCUGCUCCGAGUACGAGAUGAGAUCAGGAUGACGAUAUGUGCGUAUCAAAGCCUUUAUGAGUCCUCCAUCGCCUUUGGCAUGCGGAAGGCUUUGCAGGCGGAGCAGCGCAGAAAUCAGCACAACAAGAAAAUGAAGGACCUCCAGGUUGCAAACAAGAAGCUCCGGGAUGAGGUAGAGGAGCUGGAGAACAAGAUCACCCAGAUAGAGAAGCAUGAAGCAGAGCGACGGGAACAAGAAGAGCGCAAACACAAGGAGGAGGUCGAAAGCUUGAAGAAGCUCAAUGCACAGCGAAAGGAGCAGCUAGAGGCAAUGCUUCAAGCUCCCAAGAAGUGA